AUGCAUAAAAGUUUGACAUCAAAAUCCCCAACGGACAAAAUAUGUUGUACUGAAGGUCACAGCGACUCACAAACAUUCAGAUUUUCUAUGCGUGAUUCCUUCAGCAAGCAGCAUAUAUCAGCAGGAGAAGUAGCAUGCAUCAACAGCAGCAGCAUCAUCAGCACUUAUCAGCAGCAGCAGUAUCAUAAGCAGGACAGUACAUCAGCAUGCAUCUUUGUGGAUAAGCAGGAACAGCAUGGAUCAGCAGUAACAUCAGCAGCAGCAUGUAUCAGCAACAGUAUGCAUCAGCAUGGAUCAGCAUCGCAGUACAAAUGGCUGCUUCUUGGCCUGCUACGUCAGUCGCACUUAACGGUUAUUGCAGCUCAACACACCCUCCUGCAGCGUCCUGCACCUCCAGCAACACCUCCUGCAGCGUCCUGCACCUCCAGCAACACCUCCUGCAGCGUCCUGCACCUCCAGCAACACCUCCUGCAGCGUCCUGCACCUCCAGCAACACCUCCUGCAGCGUCCUGCACUUCCAGCAACACCUCCUGCAGCGUCCUGCACCUCCAGCAACACCUCCUGCAGCGUCCUGCAUCUCCAGCAACACCUCCUGCAGCGUCUUGCACCUCCUGCAGCGUCCUGCACUUCCAGCAACACCUCAUGCAGCGUCCUGCACCUCCAGCAACACCUCCUGCAGCGUCCUGCACCUCCAGCAACACCUCCUGCAGCGUCCUGCACUUCCAGCAACACCUCCUGCAGCGUCCUGCACCUCCAGCAACACCUCCUGCAGCGUCUUGCACCUCUAGCAACACCUCCUGCAGCAUCUUGCACCUCCAGCAACACCUCCUGCAGCGUCCUGCACUUCCAGCAACACCUCCUGCAGCGUCUUGCACCUCCAGCAACACCUCCUGCAGCGUCCUGCACUUCCAGCAACACCUCCUGCAGCGUCCUGCACCUCCAGCAACACCUCCUGCAGCGUCUUGCACCUCCAGCAACACCUCCUGCAGCAUCUUGCACCUCCAGCAACACCUCCUGCAGCGUCUUGCACCUCCAGCAACACCUCCUGCAGCGUCUUGCACCUCCGGCAACACCUCCUGCAGCGUCCUGCACCUCCGGCAACACCUGCAGCAUCCUGCACCUCCAGCAACACCUCCUGCAGCGUCCUGCACCUCCAGCAACACCUCCUGCAGCGUCUUGCACCUCCAGCAACACCUCCUGCAGCGUCUUGCACCUCCAGCAACACCUCCUGCAGCGUCUUGCACCUCCGGCAACACCUCCUGCAGCGUCCUGCACCUCCGGCAACACCUGCAGCAUCCUGCACCUCCUGCAGCGUCCUGCACCUCCAGCAACACCUCCUGCAGCGUCCUGCACCUCCAGCAACACCUCCUGCAGCGUCUUGCACCUCCAGCACCACCUCCUGCAGCGUCUUGCACCUCCAGCAACACUUCCUGCAGCGUCCUGCACCUCCAGCAACACCCUCCUGCAGCAUCCUGCACCUCCAGCAACACCUCCUGCAGCGUCCUGCACUUCCAGCAACACCUCCUGCAGCGUCCUGCACCUCCAGCAACACCUCCUGCAGCGUCUUGCACCUCCAGCAACACCUCCUGCAGCGUCUUGCACCUCCAGCAACACCUCCUGCAGCGUCCUGCACCUCCAGCAACACCUCCUGCAGCGUCUUGCACCUCCAGCAACACCUCCUGCAGCGUCCUGCACCUCCAGCAACACCUCCUGCAGCGUCUUGCACCUCCAGCAACACCUCCUGCAGCGUCUUGCACCUCCAGAAACACUUCCUGCAGCGUCCUGCACUUCCAGCAACACCUCCUGCAGCGUCUUGCACCUCCAGCAACACCUCCUGCAGCGUCUUGCACCUCCAGCAAGACCUCCUGCAGCGUCCUGCACCUCCAGCAACACCUCCUGCAGCGUCCUGCACCUCCAGAAACACCUCCUGCAGCGUCUUGCACCUCCAGCAACACCUCCUGCAGCAUCUUGCACCUCCAGCAACACCUCCUGAAGCGUCUUGCACCUCCAGCAACACCUCCUGCAGCGUCCUGCACCUCCAGCAACACCUCCUGCAGCGUCUUGCACCUCCAGCAAGACCUCCUGCAGCGUCCUGCACCUCCAGCAACACCUCCUGCAGCGUCCUGCACCUCCAGCAACACCUCCUGCAGCGUCUUGCACCUCCAGCAACACCUCCUGCAGCGUCUUGCACCUCCAGCAACACCUCCUGCAGCGUCUUGCCCUUCCAGCAACACCUCCUGCAGCGUCUUGCACCUCCAGCAACACCUCCUGCAGCGUCUUGCACCUCCAGCAACACCUCCUGCAGCGUCUUGCACCUCCAGCAUCACCUCCUGCAGCGUCCUGCACCUCCAGCAACACCUCCUGCAGCGUCUUGCACCUCCAGCAACACCUCCUGCAGCGUCUUCUACCUCCAGCAACACCUCCUGCAGCGUCUUGCACCUCCAGCAACACCUCCUGCAGCGUCUUGCACCUCCAGCAACGUCUUGCACUUCCAUCAGCAUCUCUACCAAGAGCGCUCGCUCACCUCCGUCUGACUCCUCAGGGAGGCAAGAGGAGGUAGAGCGGACGGGAAAUAUGGCUCAAGACUUCACUGUAAAGCAAAAGGAGACAGAACAGACAGGGAAAAUGCUUCAAGAUAAUAGAGGAAGAUCAGAUGAUAGAAGAGACAUGUAA